UACCGAGAUCAGAGCAACUCUCGCGAUCUUUUAAAACACAUGGCCGCCCAGUAUUUACAACUUCGCGCAAUGAACUAGCUAGUGAAUAGAAGCGCAAAAUCCCGAAGUAGAAGAACGUCGAUUAUUUGUGUGCAUCAUUGGUACUCUCCGACUUCAGGUGAAACGUUGACACCAUCGACGGCGAACUGUUUAUAGCCAAAUUGCGAGCAGAACCAAAGGCCAGGCAAGCCACAACACAGGCUAGCGGGUGCUGUGAUGUCCUCGACCCCCAGCAGACUCAAACACCCACACUGCAGGAAGAAGCACUAUCCCAGUAGCACUUACCUCACCCACGUCUGACAGUCAACCACCGGACCCAAGGUAUUCGGACCCCAGGUAGAGGACUUGACAGGAUAGAUUGAUAAGGCAAGAGAGAUGUGUGACUCAGCUGGAAGUGGUGAAAGCGGUGGCGUUACAGGCACAGGGCAGGACGCAGAAGCGGAUAAUGAGCCCCCUCAUCAGGCACCACCUUUGCCUGAAUGUGACCUCUUAGAGGUAGCCCAGACUUUAGAGGAAGGGGUACCUACAUCUGCCAAGCGGCCCAGAAUGAGCGAGGAGGAAGAGGAACUGGAGCGGCUUGAUAAACCAGCCAAGAUGCAUGAAGAAACACCAGCACAGGCUGGCUUGCUGCAGAAAGACCCAGCCUCACCAGAACAAAAUGCAGGGGAACCACUACAAUGUGGCGACAAUGGUGGAGCAGGGAGAGAGGUGCCUGUCAGUGUCGGAGGUGAAGAAGAAUGCCAUCAGAAUGGAGAUGGAGGGCUUGAUGCUCCCUUAGAAGGAGAGGCGAAACCAGAGGAGGAGCACAACGGUAUCAUAUCUGCAGACAGCCCCGGUGAAGGACAGCGCCUUGGCCUAGAUUUUACCCAGAAUCCACAGAUGCUGACUGGUUCCUGGACCGAGUACUCCAACAUUCCAGAGAAUUACCUCAAAGGCUGCAAAUGGGCCCCGGAUGGUUCCUGUAUCCUGACCAACAGUGCAGACAAUGUGCUCCGGUUGUACAAUCUUCCUCCAGAGAUUUACAGCUACAACUGGGACAUGCUUCCUGAAAUGAGUCCAGUGCUGAGGAUGGCAGAGGGAGACACCAUCUAUGACUACUGCUGGUACCCCAAGAUGAGCUCUCUGGACGCAGACACAUGCUUUCUAGCCAGUAGCAGCCGUGACAACCCAGUCCACGUGUGGGAUGCCUUUUACGGGGAAGUGCGAGCCAGUUUUCGGCCCUACAAUCACCUAGAUGAGCUGACAGCAGCCCACUCCCUCUGCUUCUCGCCCGAUGGAACGCAGCUCUACUGCGGCUUCGACAAAACUGUCAGGGUCUUCUACACCGAGCGGCCUGGAAGAGACUGUGAGGAGCGGCCUACCGUAGUGAAGAAGCAGGGCCAAAGUGGCAUCAUCUCCUGCUUUGGCUUCAGCCCCUGCCAAUCUGUUUACGCCUGUGGCUCUUACUCCCGCUGCGCUGGCCUCUACUCCAGCCAAGACGGCACCCUGCUGGCUCUGCUGCCGACCCGCCACCACGGAGGCCUCACCCAUCUGCUCUUCUCCCCUGACGGCAACUACCUGUACACCGGCGGGCGCAAGGAUCCAGAAAUCCUGUGCUGGGACCUAAGAGAGCCGGGCAAGGUUGUGUUUUCACUUAAGAGAAACGUGGCCACUAACCAACGCAUCUACUUUGAUCUUGACCUGUCAGGCAGGUACCUGCUGAGCGGCAACACAGAGGGAGUGGUAUCAGUUUGGGACACCCUGACAGCUCCUCCUGAUGGCAAUGAGGAGCUACUGCAGCCUCAGCUCAGGUUCCAGGCCCAUUGGGACUGCACCAACGGCGUCAGUAUUCAUCCCUUCAUGCCACUGCUGGCCACAUCCAGCGGGCAGCGUCAGUUCCCGUGGCCCGGCGAGAGUGAGGGCGACUCUGCCUCUGAGGGCGAGGGAGGCGAAGCUGUGAUGUCCCCUCCGGAGGUCCGGCAAGACAACGCUCUGAGCCUGUGGUGGGCCGGGCCCCUCGGCCCUGCCCCCGAGGGGGACCCAGAGCCUCCGUUAGUUCAGCCUGCUGACACAAAUUGAGUUACACCUGCCAUGUGAUAUUUAUUCUGGGAAUGUUUGGUAUGGAUAAAGCGAAUUAUGAAUCUUUUUGGCAUGAGCAGGUGGGAAAGUAUGUUCUGGAUCAUUUUAUUUAUUCAUUUUUCAUUGUUACCUUAAACCUUUACAGCCUAAAUCAAUUCCCUGAAAUAGAUUCUCAACAUAUUGCCUGCAAGUUUACCAUAUUUACUGAUGCAGUAUUUCACCUGUUAUGUUAAAAUGAAUGAAUUAUAAAACAUUGCACAUCAGUUUAGUACAGAUGUCUCUGACAAGAUGUGGAUUGUGUUAGCAUAAGGAUUGGAUUGAGACCUGACAUUUCUCAAUUUUGUUAUUUAAUUAGUAGAAGAUUUGUUUUCAACCAGAUAAGAUUAAAUAGGAAACUUUUAUUGGAUUUUUUUUUUUUUAGUUAAAUUGAAGGCCUUGACUGGUCUGAAGCAGCCCAGUGUCUGUCUACUGAUCUCGCCUCAGAUCCGAGUUGUGUGUGUGUGUGUGUGUGUGUGUGUGUGUGUGUCUGUGUGUGUCUGUGUGUGUGUCUGUGUCUGUGUCUAUAAUACUGCCCCGGAGAUUCCUAACUACUGUAGUUACAGUAAGUGCCAUUUGUUCUUGAGCUUUUGCUUUUGUAAACUGAUGGGAUCUCCUGUUUACCUUCUUUUUUAAACAACCAAGUGUUGUGUCACUCUGUGCGUGCUCACAAAUGUAUAUUUUUGUAAAGCCACGGUGAUUAUUCAAAGUUUUUCCGAAUGUAUACUCUGUAAGCAGCUAGUCCGAAAAAUGUAACCUCGUAACAUUCUGUGAAAGUCUUUGGGUCGUGGGUGCACCUGGAAAAUGAGUGAUGUCUAUUAUUUUUCUACAGAUUAUGCUCGGCUUGCAUUUAUAACUGUGUUGAGUGGUGACAAUGUGGCAGCACAAAACCCACUGUGUUUGUAAAAUUGCAUUAAUAAUGUACUGCAGUGAUCUGCUUAAUGUUGCCAUCAGUGGGGUGUGCUUUGCUUUAGGGUUUCUUUGCAGGUAGAUCAGAGGAAGCACAGCUCCAACCAAAGCCUUGUAUCUUUAGACACUGAGGACUUUAUCCAUUUUGAAGCCUCUGCUGACCCAAGUUUCACUUCUUGGGACUCAAAUUUGUUGCCAAGCAAUAGUAGAUACGAUUGUGUACCUACUAUUUAACAAUACUACACAAUUUUUUCUACCAGGAAGCAUUAGAGAACCAUGCAGGCCUUGAUGCUGUGACAUAGUCUCUAGAUAGAUGGCUGUGUCUGCGACAGGUGGCUUUCUACGUAUUUUAGUCAAGCUGCAGUGAAUUAAAAGCAUAUCUCUUCACA